AUGGCGAGCGACGGGCUGACUGCGCAGCCUCUGGACGCUCACCGAGGCCUGCUGUGGCAGUUCCUCGUUGAAUUGCUCGUUAGCGGUAUCCUCACCGUCUUUUUCCUGUUCUACUUCAACCGCCUGUUCGCCACGCUCGUCUCGUACGCCAUCCGCGCCUACACCUGGCACAAUUACCGCGCCUACAUCGAUAUCCAGUCGCUGCAGAUCUCGCUACUGGGCGGCCGUAUCUUUUGGAAGGACAUUCGCUACCACGGCCACAACCAGACCAUCCUCAUCCACGGUGGCUACAUAACAUGGCGCUUCUGGUACAGGAAGGUCAAGGGCACCGAGCUCUUCUGCGAUGGCCAUGCCACCGAGAAGCCCUGCUUGGCCGAUGGCACGAGCGUCUAUAGCAGUCCGUCGCGGAGCAGGAGCCGCAGCGUAGGCAAGGAGGAGGACGGUGGGAAGCAGAAGACGAAGGAAUUGCCGUGCCGUGUGUCCAUUAAGGUCUCGGGCAUGGAGGUGUUUCUGUACAAUCGAAGUCCCGCAUACGACUCUAUCAUUGAGAACUUUGCGCGUGCCAUGGGUGCCAAUGGCGCACAGAAGCCUGCUGCUGCCGAGUCGCCGCCCUCUGAGCAAACCAUCGCUGAAACUGCCACCUCCGACAAGGCCCACUCUGCGCUCCACCGUAGGAACACUAGUGGAAGCAGCAGCCGUUCCAGGCACCGUCGGGACGGCAGCAAGGAGGAGAAACCAUCUGCCCGCAAUGAGUCGGAGGAUGCCUAUUCAGCACCGGAGGUUCCGUCAUUUCUCCGCCUCUUCCCCGUCCGCAUCGACUGCAACAAAGGUGCUGUCAUUGUCGGCAACGAAUGCACCCCGUCGAUCCUAUCAGUGAAGUUUGACAAGGCUAGCGGAGAGCUCAGUGCCGCUCACGCCGGGCCACUCGACAUAUACAAGCAGUUGUUCAACUUCGAUUUCGAACAUCCUGUCAUGCACAUGAAACCCAAUCAUGACUACAAGAACCCACAGCUGGCUACCGCGGCGCGCCUGAAGAAGGAGGGGUUGGAAAGCACAGGCUCCGAGACCGUAAGAAAAGAGCAUAGGACUGUAAGGCGGCGGAGGCUUUGGCACCCGCUACAAAAUCUUUCGUCAUUAUUCGGUGGCUCGACGGACUCGCUAGCAAACUCACGAAACACAACGAGAAACCGUGCGUCAACUGUGCAACCGGCUUUCCCAGGCCAGGAGCGUUGGCUUGGUUUGACGAGAUAUCUCGACGAUGACGACCACAACGAGCACGACGAAUGGGGAGGUAUCGAAUACGCCAAAUUUUCCUUGAUUGCGGACCUUCCACGCCUCAGCAUGAGUUUCUAUUGGGAUGUUCCUGGCUCUGUGCCCAAGGGACCGAGUAUUGCUGAUCGGAGCCCAAGUGUUGCUACCCUCGACAUUAACGGCACCGUUCCUCCGGACUACGGCCUUGAUUUGCAGAUUCACGGCGGAAUGAUCAACUAUGGUCCUUGGGCAGACCGGCAUCGCGUCAUUCUGCAGAACUAUUUCUUCCCGGCCUCUUGUACCGAUACCGUUCCGGCCGAGCCCUUGAACCCAGGAGCCGCUCGCGUCAACACGGUCUUUAAAAUCUUCAUCAGUUUCGAGGAAGAGACUGUCCUGCGCAUUCCCGUUCGGGAGAAAUCCAAGGACUGGAAAUGGAAAGGACGAGCUCAGAAUGUGAGUGGAACUGGUAAGAGUACCGAAACCGAGAAUGUUCGUAGCAAGGGAAGAAAGAGGGCGGCAAGAAACAAAAAACGCGAGACGGGUGCUACCGGGCAGACAGUUCGACCAUUUGGCUGGCUUGACAUUCUGGUGGAGUCAAACUCCACCGUCAAGUAUGUCAUGGACAUGGUUGCAGGUCCGCAAGGUUACCGCAACUCCCUGGAUCUCGACAUUCGCGAAUCCAAAGUCUUCACUAGCGUCAACCAUGACCUGCUAUGGAAAUCGGGACGCUUGGAAAUGGACUGCAACCUCUCUAACCCUCUGAAGUGGAACGAACUGAGACGCUGGGCUUUCAAUUUCAGAAUCAAUGACCUCCAGCUUUUUCUGCUCAGAGAUCACAUGUUUCUUAUGACGGAUCUCGUGAAUGAUUGGGGCUCUGGGCCUCCGCCCGAUUUCUACACUUUCACUCCGUACAGAUACAUCAUGAACUUGGAGUUUCCUAAUCUCAAGAUAUUCCUGAACACGAACGACUCCAAUAUCAUCAACAACCCGGCUGAAAUCGAAGACAACCAGUUCAUAAUUUUACAAGGCCGUCACUUGGGCGCAACGCUGGAGAUUCCAUUAGACAAAUUCCGGCCUAUCGAGAAUGAGAUUUCCUUCCGUGCCUUGGGUGACCAUAUUGGCCUGGAUCUCUCCAUGCCCCCCGGCAAUACCAUUGCAACAUUCGUCAAAGAACACCACGUCGCAGACCUGGGCGUGUUAACUCUCAAUGGCAGCUACAAGUACUGGUCGGAAACGUCACCGGGACUCACUGACAGGCUUUCACUCGAUAUCGGUGGUAACAAGCUUGAACUCGCACUGUAUGGCUUCCUAAUCCGGCAUUUCAUGAAGAUCAAGGACAACUACUUUGGAGAAGACAUGCAUUUCAAGACUCUGGAAGAGUAUCAGGAGAUCCCACAGAGCAAAGCUGGAGACACUCCCGGAGAGGCGCCAGACCAGGCGUCAAGCAAGUCCAACGAUUUGGACAUCAUACUCUCCGUGUCCGCGGAGAAAGCCGAAAUCCUCCUCCCAGCGAAUCUCUAUUCUGCCGAAGACCACGUCAAAGUUGAACUUCCCUACGCCAAUGCGGACCUCCGUUUCACAAGCUACUACAUGGAUCUCAUGGUUGAUUUUAGUCCUUUGAGUCUUGCAUUGAACAUUUCGCACGCAAAGGAGGAUAGCGGCUUUGAUACCAACAACCGCACGCAGCUGUUCAUUGACUUGGUCAAGAUUUACGGUCACCGAACUUUUGGUCUGCCGCCGUUGGAGCCAACGUACGUCUGCAACUGGGACUUCGAAGUGGGAAAGAUAACCGGCGAGUGUUCUGACAACUUUCUCGGGAAGCUUGGAGCUUUUGGGAAGUGCUUUGCGUUCUCGCUGGAUGACGACGAAAACGCAUUGCCAAUCCUCAGUCCACUCCUGAUCCAUGAUGUGACCUUUCUCAGGCUCCGGACGAGCACGAUCAAGAUUUGGUUGCAUAUCGCUCAAGAAGCUUUGCUGUUGAGCACUGAUGCAAUCAGUGUGGACUUCAACGACUGGGCUAAAUCGACAUUUUCUCAGCGUCUCGAUGUCCUCAUUCCCAAUUUGGUCGUAGCUUCUGUCGAUGCCAAAGCAGCUCUUCGCCAGCGCAGUCGAAUUAGCAAGAGCACAAUUGACACACAGGCGUACUUGCAAACCGACAUUCAGUUGCACAUGCUGAAGAGAAAACUCCAUUUCAGCGAGGACCGUCGCGAUCAGCAGAGUCAUCUCAAGGAAAGCGACAUGCGGACCAACAGGAUACCAUGGCUCCUGCUCGAGGAUAUGGAGGCAUCUGAAUACACAGUGCCCCCAUCCAAGAUAGAGCCUCCGGCGAUGGCAUACCCAUACUUACCGCCUCCCUUGCGCGGCAAGUCUCUACUCCGGAGAUGGAGUGGUACUGAAUCUAUGAGCUCCUCAGGGCUUUCUGCAUCGAGUGCUUCCGUGGACACGGCUCCCAAAGCGCGCAGCCGACGGCGUCCGGCCAGUAUACACUCAGUAGCAGCCAGCUCCUUGAAGUAUAGCAUUCACGCCAAUACUCCAAGGCCUGGCCACCACAAAUCAGACAGCAGGAGUACUCUUUCCGUACGCCCCCCAUUGUUGGAGAGACGAACGACGGCAAGUAUUUAUUCCGACGCAUUAGAGGGAGGUGAAGAGAUUGUCGGAAAGAUCGGCCAGCCGAGGUCCUCGAUAGCACUCUCGAGCUCUUUGGAGACCCCUUAUUUCCCCCUCGAUGGAGUGGAGCUAGAUGUCUCCGACGUGCCCGAGAUCCCGACAGAAGCACAUGGCUGGCACUCCGCGGCCCCUAAUUCCUUGGUUUUCAACGAUGUGUCAACAAAAACAUUUGACGAAGACUUCGUUCAUACUAGCUUCCUCUUGAGCUUUGAACCCGGGGUCAGAGCCCUUGUGACGCCGAAUGCAGUCUCAACGGUGGUCAAUCUCAUAGACUCUCUCCAGGACAAGCACCCAGAGGAUAUACUUGAUACGUUCCAGGUCGACAUAAUGGGCAAAAUAUUGGAUUUUCAAAAGCGGAUUGAUGGCAUAGGCACCUCUACGGAACUCAGUUUGAGGCUACCUUGUUUCCAGCUUCGGUUCAUCAACAAUAUCACCGCCGAUAGAACGAGUGCACCAGGCAAGGACCAGUACGACUUGAUCUUGGACAAUUUGUCCGUCUCUCUCCGACAGAAGAACUUUCCCUCUGAAUCGGCCGUCAAGAAAAGCACAUUGGCGGUUCAUACAGUUCUGAAGUCACUGACGGUUUCUGUAAGGGAGAAACAGGCGAACGCGGCUGUGAGUGAUGUCGCUGUACAAGCCAUACUAACGGACAUGCUCCUUUGGUUGGUGACUGGUAAAUCAGUCUCCGUCAACGUGUCCUUCCGCGGCCUUGAGGUCGCAAAUUCGAGCAAAAAACUGCAGUACCUCGCCUCUUUGAUCCACCGCUCAACACUUCUUGCGGACGAGAUCGAGGCCAAAUUUGCAGCCGUCAGCCCGAAGAGCGAGAGACGGCUUUGCUACUUGGCGUAUGCACUUACUACCGCCGGUGGAGACAUUCCGGACCCAGCAUUCAUCACCAGGCCAUCCUAUGCCUUGCGCGCAGCCAACAAUCACCUCCGAAAUCACGACUCUUGGAAGAUCAUUUCCCGCUUCCGAUACAUAUAUGACAGUCUUCAGCCCAGCGUGAGAGAGGAGAUUACUCAAAGAUGUGUCGAAGGGUUAAUGUGCUGUCCGGACGAUGCCGAGGCGAAGGUCAUUCAGAUAUGGGACCAAUGGCGUGAAUGGGAUCUGUCCCACGUGAAAAAGAGCUUGGCGAUGCGCGCAUUGUAUGGAUCCAUCGCGGACACGGAGGAAGCCACUGAGGAAAAGCCGGUGCCGCUCGACAUUUCGGUCAAAACUGCCGGAAUACGGAUUGUCAUAGAUCCUGGUCCGGAACAAAGCGAGAUACUGUUUCAGCUUUUGACCAUCAAUGCUGCACUAUCACCACCCCCGGAACCUUCAGGGUUGAUGUUGCUGAACCAAGAAAGUCCCACCAAGUCUACUGUCGUGGAGAUUUCUACCAGGAAUGUCCUUGUCAAGUUCAGCUGGGAAAUAUGUGAACUGGUAGAGAACGUUCUCACUCUCUUCCAAGCAGAAGCGCCACAUGCGAAGGCGAGCAAGCAGGAACAAGACUGUUCCAUUUCAGAGGCUUGUAGCAGCAAGGCUGCCAAACCAGAGGUUCAUGACUUCCAAGUUCUCUUUACAACCGAAAAGGGCAGCAUAAGCUUGGACACCAUCAACUUGCGUCAUGUUUCCUCUUCUUAUGGAAUGAAGAUAUCGGUUGCUGGCUCAAACAGGAGCGCAGCAGAUGAGGGCACAAGCAUCAGCGCCCUCGUCCAUUCCGAUGCUGCUGGAUCUGAGCUUCGGUCACGCGGCAGACUUCUGAUGAGGUCUGAGGUUGUCCGGCCCAGCAUAUUCAUAUCCCAUGAUGAUGAUGAGUGGAGACAUCCCAUGCCAGAAGGGUGGAUGGUUGUUGGCAAAUGCGAAGAGGUCUCAUGGAAAGUCCAGGAAGACAUUCUUGGAAUCAUCGAAGUGGCAAACUCGAUCAUCUGUGACGAGGUUGCCUACUUCGCACGGCAAGUGGAACGAUUCAAGAAGCCUGGUAAUGCAGAGCCCGCGGCCAGUGAGCCGAAGAAAGAGCCGAGCCUGCCUAAUAUUACUGUCGCUCUGCUGAUGGAUGCCUACCGCAUCGAUGUUGCUCUGCUCCAAUCAUUGACCUAUGUGGUCUCUGGUCAGAUGGGAAGAGUUUCGGCGGCACCUGUUCUUGGAGGAGCCCCUACCUUGAAUGUCAACUUUGAUCUCGACCGACACACCCAUUACCUGAAGAGUCACGACAAGCACGGAUGGCAGAACAUAGCUGCUUUCACUUUCCCUCUUCACAACGGCCAUCUGCAGCUGAUAGAUUCUCCUGCUGGACCGAAAAUCCUUUUUAACAGCAUCAUGGAGAACUUCGUCAUCGAGGCUUCCGCUGUCCACGGCCUGCUUACUACUAUUCAAGAGCCUGAGGUCGAGAAUGUCAUGAAGACGAUCAAGGAAGAUAUUGAGGUGCUCCAGUCGAACAUCAAAGAAGCUUUGCCAAAGGGAGACAGCGCCGCAGUCUCUCCGGUAUCGAGCGAAGAAAGCCGUCCGGUAGCAUUCGACGCGAGCUUCGUGAUGACCGGUAUGAGUAUUAUCGCUCGGGCACCGACAAAACUCCCAGACUCGUCCGCCUCCACACUGGCCUUCGAACUCAACCGCAUCCAAGGAAAGGCGAGCAACAUUUCAGAAGACGGGUCUGUCCUUCCCCUUCCAGAAUUUUCAGCCGCACUUCCUCACAUCAGCAUGUCCCUCGAACUCUCGGAGGGGGAGAAUAUCCGGCACUGCGGUAAUCUUCUGUUCGGAUUAGAGCUCCGCGGAACACUCCAAAAUAGCGUCUCCGACAUGCCGAGGCGAGACUACAGAGUCCGUAGCACAGGCCUUGAGAUCAACGUGUUUGCGGACACGGCUUCGGCUGCUGUUGAGGUCAUGAACCACCUGCAGGAAAGAAUCAAGGUUCUCGACCUUUCAAGAGAGAGGAGGUAUCUCCGGAAGCUCCGCCAGCCCAAGCGCAGACCUUCCCACCUUGCCAACACCAUCAAUGGCGACGACGAUGGCUCGCCGAGCAUUGCAUCCAGCGGAUUGUUCACCUCGGCUGCCUCACUCGAGCUCACCAAUGUCCAAAUCAGUUGGAUCGUGGGGAACUCUGUUCCCGCGUACCCGGGUCGCGAAAGUGAGGAUCUGGUCUUGUCGUUCAAGAGAAUCGACCUCGCAACGAGAAGCGAGGAGGCAGCCAGACUUGCCAUCGAGGACAUGCAGCUUCAAAUGGUUCCAUCAAGCCAGCCCAAGACGCAGCGUUCGCUCAAUUCAGCACUUCUUCCCGAAGUCGUUUUCAACGUCUCGUAUGCUUCUUCAAAGACGGAUCGUCGGUUCGCUUUUCAUGCGGCAGGAAAGUCACUUGACCUUCUUCUCGAAUCACGCUUCGUUCUGCCUGCGUCUAUCUUGGAGAGGUCAAUUUCUCUCGCAAGUCAAAAGGUGCAAGCUGCGACUGCGUCCUGGAAGACGGUUGCCACGCCGAACGAGGCGCCACGCAAAAGCUUGUUUAACAACAAGAAGCUCUCUUCGCUCAUCGUUGACGCAGACUUUGCGGGCGCGGUUGUCACCCUUCAAGGAAAGCGUGAAAUGUCACGCACAAAUUCUCGUCUAACCAAUGGUCGCUAUCCGCAGUACGGACGAUACGGACAGUUCGCCAGCGAUGGAUCCAACACGAGCACGACACUCCGUGCUCCUGGCAUCUCGCUCAAGGUCGAGUACAGAGAUGACUCUCUCGAUCCGUCGCUCAAUGCUGAGGUCAAGGUCAAUGCCUCGAGCAACUUGCUGCAUCCCACCGUGGUCCCCCUCAUCAUGGACAUCUCGAACAGCAUCAAGGAAGUCGUCCAAGACAAAGACAAGGACCAGAAGCCGAAGAAGCCCAUCGAGCCCAAGCCAUCGCAGAAGUUCCUCGACGAGGAAAGCCUCAUCACAGCGGAUCCGAGUGCCAUUCUCGGAAAGACGCGACUCAACAUGGGCCUUCGCAUCUGCCAACAAGAGUUCAGUCUGAGCUGCCAGCCGAUUGCCCGCGUCGCGGCUACUGCCCGCUUCGAAGAUAUCUACCUCACAGUCAACAGCAUCAAGUCGACGGAACAAGGUCACUUCUUCGCUGUGUCUUCGACCUUUGACAAUUUGCAGGCCUCGGUGCAACACGUCUACUCGAGAGAGUCCACGUUCAGCUUCGACGUCGAUCGCAUCGUGCUGUCCGUAUUGAACAGCAAGCAUCUAAGCGGCACGAGCGGCAUCUCGGCCAUCCUCAAGAUCAACCCCAUGAGGACCCACAUCAACGCCCGACAGCUCCAGGACUUCCUGCUCUUCCGAGAGAUCUGGGUACCGCCAGAGGUCCGCCAGGCCGCCUCGUCGAAAGCCGCCCCCGCCCCCAACCCGCCGCCUUCGGACGAGUCGCCGCAGGAAUACCUCGUCCAGAGGUACCAGCAAGUUGCCGCGGCCGCAGCGUUCCCGUGGAACGCGACCAUCGCCAUCGAGGAGAUGGCCGUCGACCUCGACAUGGGCCAGGCCAUCGGCAAGCCGUCGUUCAAGAUUGUCAACCUGUGGGCGUCGUCCAAGAAGACGUCGGACUGGGAGCAGAAUCUGUGCGUCGGUAUCGACCGCGUCGGCAUCGAGAGCACCGGCCGCACCAGCGGCUUCGUCGAGCUGCUCGACUUCAAGGUCCGCACGUCCAUCAGCUGGCCGUCGUCGUCGAAGCAGCAGCAGGGAGGAGAAGCGCCGGCGCGCAAGACGACGCCGCUCAUACAGGCGUCCAUGGGCUUCGAACGCUUGCGCGUCAAGGCCGCGUUCGACUACCAGCCUUUCGCCGUCGCUGACAUUACGGCGUUUUCGUUCCUCAUGUAUAACGUCCGCGGCGGUAGUGGUGGUGGUACGGACGCAGGUGGCAGCGGCGCGCAGCAGCAGCAACACCAAGACCGUCUGGUGGCGACGCUCGAGGGCGACCGCGUGCAGGCGUUCAUGACGCCCGUCAGCCCGGCGCAGGCCAUCGCGCUGAUGCAGGCCGUCGAGCGGCUGGUGCAGGAGAACCAGACGGCGUACCAGCAGUCGCUCAAGGAUAUCGAGAAGUUCCUGCGGCGCAGCUCGACUAACAACAACAAUAUCAACAAGCAAAGGCGAACAAGCUUGGAAGAAAUGUCGUCUUCGCAGAAGCCCGACGCUAGCGGCGACGACGACAACGACAAGCAACAGAAGAAGAAACAACGCGAAGCCCCCAUCUCCCUCCACACAGACGUCGUCGUCACGCUCAACUCCAUCAGCGUCGGCGCCUUCCCGGGCGCCUUUUCGGACCAGCAGAUCCUGCUCCUCACCGCGUCAGACGUGCAAGCCCGCUUCGCCGCCGCGCUGGACGACUCCGACGACGACAACCGCAUCCACAGCGGCCUCGGCAUGACGCUCGGCCAGCUCAGCGUCGCGCUCGCCUCCAUCGGCGCGCCGCCUAGGGGUCCUGCGCGUGCCGUCAGCGAGCUGACCGUCGAGGACGUGGUGGGCGCCGCGUCGGCGGCCAAGGGUGGGACGAUUUUGAGGGUUCCGAAGGUCAUCGCGACGAUGCAGACGUGGCAGGCGCCCGGGAGUAAUGCGAUUGAUUAUAUCUUCAAGAGCUCGUUUGAGGGGAAGGUGGAUGUGGGGUGGAAUUAUAGUCGGAUUAGCUUCAUUCGGAAUAUGUGGAAUACGCAUUCGCGCGCGCUGGCGAAUCGUCUGGGUAAGCCGUUGCCGGAGUCGGCGGUUAAGAUUACGACGGGGGCGGAUGGUGAAGGGGGUGGUGGUGGUGCGUCGUCCGCCGCUGGUGCAGCUAAAGGCGCGGCUGAGGGAGCGAACGGUACGGAUGAAGCAGCAGCAGGAGGAGCGGGAGGCGGUGGCGGGAAGAUCACGGCCGUCGUCAACGUGCCGCAGUCGCGGUACGAGUACACGGCGCUGGAGCCUCCGGUCAUCGAGACGCCGCAGCUGCGCGACAUGGGCGAGGCCACGCCGCCGCUCGAGUGGAUCGGCCUGCAGCGCGACCGCCUGCCCAACGUCACGCACCAGAUCGUCAUCGUCACGCUGCUCGAGAUCGUCAAGGAGGUUGAGGAUGCGUAUGGGAGGAUUUUGGGGUCGAGUUAG